UUGUCAAUUUAUGAUGUUUUUUUCUGCAAAUUAAUUGUUUGCUGCGCUUACUUAACUAAUUUGACCCAACAAUACCUUUGAUUAAUUUAAACGCAUAAAUUAUGUUGGAAAAUAAGUAAACAAAAUGGGUAAGAAAAAGCAACAGAAAGAGGUAAAAGCUGCUAAGCAGACAGAAGAUAAAGGCAAAAAGACCUAUUCUCUACAGUCUGUAAAAACAGAAAAUGGAGCAUCAAUUUCUUCAGAACUACCUAAGAUUACUAUACCAACUACAUUAGAGAAGGAUUUAUUGGAGUUGAUACAGUCAUCAAAUCAAGAACGAAAACUGGAUAAAGAAGUUUCCAAGAGAUUGACACAGAAAAAAUUAAUGGAUAUCUACACUAGUUUAAGUGGUGCAGGGUUUACACAUAAACAGAUUGAGCAAGCAAUGGAGAACACAAUACUACAUGGCGGAGAUCUUAUAGAUGCUCUAGAUUGGCUGUGUCUUAACCUACAAAAUGAUAAGCUUCCAGCCAACUUUUCCCAAACCCUGCAAAUUGAAGAAGAAAAGAAACGACCUAAGUUUGAUGUGGAUCUGCAGGUCAACCUCCCAGUGGCACAGGCAGCAUUACAACCAGUAAAACCAAAGGAGCCUAAACCGGAGAAGCCAAAGAAAGAGAAAGUAUCUCAGAAAGACUGGAUACUAAAGUAUGCUGAUGAUGCAUCAGAAGAUGAGGACGAAGAAGGUGAUUUAAGUGGAGAAGAAGCAGAAAAAGAUCCUAAUGAGAGAUAUGUAGAGUUGACUGGUUUGCUGCUUGAUGCAAAAGAAGAAGCCUCAGAAGUAAAGAAAGCUGGGAACAAGUCCAAAGUAAAGGAAUUGUCCAAACAAAUAAGGGAGAUAAUUGUAGAAAUGGAUUCUUUAGAAACACACCCAGAUUUCGAUCCUGUACUGAAAUUGAGGGAUACUGAAGAAAGUAAAGGUGAUAGUGCAGCUGUAGGCCAAUCAGAUGCUGCUGAGAAGUCACAUGAUAAGCCAGAUAUCCAAUCAGAAGGUGCCAAACAAGACAAAGAAGGUGACCAAUCAGAAGAAGGAGAAGAUAUGGGAUUGUCAUUAUUUGAUAAUGCUGCAAAGGAACCAGCACCUAAAGAGACCAUUGUCAAAAUGGCUUUUGAGAUACGUAACUUCGAGUACACACGUCAACAGUGGACAGGGAAAUCGCCAAAACAAUUCUUGAAUGACUGGUGCCGUAAACAUCUUCAGAAAAGUCCUCCGCCAAAGUUUGUGAAGAUAAAUCCACGAGGGAAUGCUUUUAAAUGCAGGGUGGUAGUUGACAGACAGAAAGAUGGUGUACUUGAUUUAUGUCCUGAUAUUUUAUGUGGUAAUGUAAAGGAGGCGGAGCAUUUAGCUGCUACACUAGCUCUCUAUCAUUUAUGUAAAGGACAAUCUGUGUACCAGUUACUACCUCCCCCAUACAGGGAUGUCUGGCUAGAAUGGUCAGAUGCCGAGAAAAGGGCAGCUGAAGAUGAAAAAUCUAAAGAAAAUAAGCCAAGAGACCAGUAUCUGGCAAAGUUGAUGUCUAAGAUUCAGAUAUCUGGAUCUAAAGGUCAAAGUUCAGAUACAACUAGAGUGAGCGAUGAAGGUGUCUUAGACUCCUGGGAGGAUAUUGAAGAGCACGAGGGUCUGGAAGUUCUACAGAAACAUACAUGUUGUAUUGGUUGCCGGGGAGACAGGAAUAGUGGCAAAGAAGUAAAACAGAUUCCACAUUUUAUCCUUGAGGUAAAAAUAUGUACAGUCAUAAAGAGGUUGUUGAUAAUAUACAAUGUAUCAUAUUUUAUUACAGGUAGUCCUGAAUCGUUGUGUGGUUACCAGAUCAGGUUCGAAUCCAAGCUUGGUCCAAACACUUGCCUUACAUACUGCACGACUGGCGUAUUACUCAGGAAACUACAACUAGAUUCUAAACUACAGCAUGUUACACAUAUCAUUGUUGAUGAGGUACAUGAGCGUAGUGUACAGUCUGACUUCCUGCUGAUAAUUCUACAACAAUUGCUCAAACAGAGGUCGGAUCUGAAGGUGAUAUUGAUGAGUGCUACAUUAGAUGCUGAUAAGUUUUCCGCCUACUUUAGUCACUGUCCAGUCAUUAACAUUCCUGGUCGCACAUUUCCUGUAGAGGUAUUUCAUGUAGAAGAUGUUGUAGAGAUGACCGGACAUGUGAUAGACGAGGAUUCUCCGUAUUCUCUCAAACAAUCACAACUUGUACAGGAAGAGAGUGCAACUGUAAAUAUAACAGAAAAGGGGGGUAAUCAGAGCCAAGGUGAUGUAUUCUGGACAAAAGAUGAUUUAUCUACCAUAGAUCAGACAAACUUGUCAGCUGAUAAAUACUGUUUAAAGACAAGGAAUACAAUCACCAGGAUGAAUAUGAAGAGAAUUAACCUGGAUCUUAUUGUGGACUCAUUAAUAUAUCUAGAGAAGAGUGAACAGUUUCACCAUGUACAUGGCGCUGUGCUGAUAUUUCUACCCGGUUUGGCUGAUAUCACAGAACUGUACGAGAUGUUGAAUAGUGAUCGCAAAUUUACAGACCAUAAAAAGUAUCGUGUCAUAGCCUUACAUUCUGUGUUAUCAUCAUCGGAGCAGGCGCAGGCCUUCUCUGUCCCGCCAACUGGUGUUCGUAAGAUUGUUCUCGCUACAAAUAUUGCCGAGACUGGUAUCACCAUACCAGAUGUCGUGUUUGUCAUAGAUGCCGGAAAGGUCAAAGAGAAUAGGUAUAUAGAGACAAGCCAGAUGAACGCAUUGGAGGAAGUUUUUAUCAGUAAAGCUAAUGCCAAACAAAGACAAGGAAGAGCUGGACGUGUAAGGGAUGGUUUCUGUUUCAGAUUGUUCACCAAACAAAUGUAUGACAACAUGAAACCAUUCACCAUCCCAGAACUUCUAAGAGUACCUUUGGAAGAACUUUGUUUGCAUAUAAUGAAAUGUAACUAUGGUAAACCAGAAGUGUUCCUAUCUCAAGCUCUGGAUCCGCCACAGCCCCAGGUUGUCAGUAGAGCCAUGUCUCUAUUAUAUAUGAUUGGGGCAUGUGUUGAAGGGGAAAAGUUAACUCCCUUAGGUCACCACUUGGCGGCACUGCCUGUUCAUGUCCGGAUAGGGAAAAUGUUAUUGUAUGCAGCUGUGUUUGGCUGCCUGGAGCCAGUGGCAGUGAUUGCAGCCUCUAUGACAGAUAAGUCACCAUUUGUUGUCCCCCUUGGUAAAAUGGAUGCUGUAAACGCUGCCAAACAGUCUAUAGCCCUUGCAGCCUCGGACCAUCUGACAGUGUACAAGGCUUAUCAUGGCUGGAGACAUGCUCGCUCACAUAGUAGACAGGCUGAGAUGACUUACUGCCAUAAAAACUUCUUGAAGAGAAACACCAUGCUAGAAAUAGAGAAUGUAAAGUCUGAUCUUAUGAAACUGAUACAUUCAAUUGGAUUUUCCCUGCCACUGAAAGACCCGAGUAUGGACACAGACUAUGGAAUAGAUGGUGUUUUACAUAUCAGUAAACAUAAAACUCAUGAUGACCUUGACCCUAGAACUAUAGCAAAGGUCAAGGCCGUUUUAACAGCUGGACUGUAUCCAAAUAUAGCCAAAGUGACAUAUGAGGCUCCUGUUGAUGCAGCUGUAAACCCCGAUCAAAGGGUUUGUGUAACAGAAACUCAGCAAGGACCUGCAAGUGUUCACCCAUCAUCUGUUAAUAGGAAUUUACAAGCUAAUGGAUGGCUUGUGUUCCAUGAAAAGGUGAAAUCUUCCAGAGUGUAUCUAAGGGACACAACUCUUGUAUCAGCAUAUCCAUUACUCUUGUUUGGUGGGGAAAUCAAUGUUCAGCAUACAGAACAACUGUUAACUGUUGAUGACAGGAUCAAGUACAAAGCCUAUGCCAAGACAGGUGUAAUAUUUAAAGAGCUUAGAAAAUUGCUGGAUGAUCUGUUGGCUAGGAAGCUGGAGGAUCCUUCACUCAGUAUUGAGAGUGAUCAUCUAAUUAGAUUGAUAGAGGAUUUGCUGGCAUCAGAGAGAACCAGGUAGCUUGUUAACAGUCAUAUACACAGUUAUGUCUUAACCUUUUACCCCUGCACAGCUGCUUUUUCCAUCAAUAUAGAGCCAGGCCAGCCUGCAGAUCCUUACAGUCUGACAAUAAUGAUCAAUUUGUUUGUACAAUAAAUGACAUAUAAAAGUGAAACUGGUUUCACAAUUUGUAGUUCUCUUGUUAUGUUUUUAUUUUUUUAACAGUGCCAUCAAUGGAUGAAAUUAUUGGUGCAUUACUGACUCUUUUGUUGUGUAAAGUAUGACAUGUUAAUUAUUAUUAAGUCUAUGGUAUACAAUGAAUACAUGGUGUAGAGUAGAUAUAAGUUGUAUAGUGGAUAUAUGAUUGACAGUGGAUAUAUAAUGUACAAUGAAUACAUGGUGUACAAUGGAUAUAUGGUGUACAAUAGAUAUAUAGUAUAUGGUGUACAAUGGAUAUAUGGUGUACAGUGAAUAUAUGAUGUACAAUGGAUAUAUGGUGUACAAUAGAUAUAUGGUAUACAAUGGAUAUAUGAUGUACAAUGUAUAUGUGGUGUACAAUGUAUAUAUGGUGCACAGUGGAUAUAUGGUGAACAUUGAGUAUAUAUGGUGUACAAUGGAUAUAUGGUAUACAAUGGAUAUAUGGUGUACAAUGGAUAUAUGGUAUACAAUGGAUAUAUGGUGUACAAUGGAUAUAUGAUGUACAAUGGAUAUAUGGUGUGCAUUGAGUAUGUAUGGUAUACAAUGGAUAUAUGGUGUACAAUGUAUAUAUGGUGCACAGUGGAUAUAUGGUGAACAUUGAGUAUAUAUGGUGUACAAUGGAUAUAUGGUGUACAAUGGAUAU